AAUAAAAAAUGAAGUAUGUUUAUGCACCUGCUGCCUUUUGACUGAGAUCAAACCCCUCACAUCUGAGAGAACUGAGUCUGUCUGGAAAUAAACUAGGAGCAUCAGGAGUGAAACUGCUCUCUGAUGGACUGAAGGACCCUCACUGUCCACUGGAAACACUGGGGUUGAAGGAUUGUGGAGUCACAGAUGAAGGUUGUGCUGCUUUGGCUUCAGCUCUGAGAUCAAACCCCUCACACCUGAGAUAUCUGGAUCUAUCUAGAAAUAAACUAGGAGCAUCAGGAGUGAACCUGCUCUCUGAUCUACUGAAGGAUCCUCGCUGUAAACUGAAGAUACUCUGGUUGAGUGAUUGUGGAGUCACAGAUGAAGGUUGUUCUGCUCUGACUUCAGCUCUGAGAUCAAACCCCUCACACCUGAGAGAACUGGAUCUGUCUGGAAAUAAACUAAGAGACUCAAAUGUGAAUCUGCUCUCUGAUCUGAAGGAGGAUCCACAUUGUAAACUGGAGAAGCUUAAUCAUAACUUUCAACUGAUCCAAAAAAUGCUUAAAUCAAAACUGAGGAAGAAGAAUCAGUGUCUGUAUGAAAAAACAGCGAUACAGGGAAACCCAACUCUCCUGAAUGAGAUCUACACAGAGCUCUACAUCACAGAGAGUGAGAGUGGAGAGAUCAGUAGUGAGCAUGAGGUGAGACAGAUUGAGACACAAUCCAGGAGAACAGCAACAGAGGACACAGCCAUCAAAUGCAAUGACAUCUUUAGACCUUUACCUGGACAAGACAAAGCCAUCAGAACUGUGCUGACAAAAGGAGUCGCUGGCAUUGGAAAAACAGUCUCUGUGCAGAAGUUGAUCAUGGACUGGGCUGAAGGGAAAGAAAAUCAGGACGUCCAGCUCAUAUUUCCACUUCCUUUCAGAGAAAUCAACCUAAUGAAAGACAAAACACUCAGUCUUUCAGAUCUGCUUCAUGUCUUUUUCCCUGAAACAAAAGAAAUUGAAAUAUCCUGUGAUGAAUCUAAAGUGCUGUUCAUCUUUGAUGGUCUGGAUGAGUGCCGUCUGACUUUGGACUUUAAGAGUAAAGUGAAACUGUGUAAUAUAUCUGAAUCAGUCUCAGUGGACGUGCUGCUGAUGAACCUCAUUGUGGGGAAUCUGCUUCCUUCUGCUCUCAUCUGGAUCACCUCCAGACCAGCUGCAGCUGAUCUUAUCCCCUCUGAGUGUGUCCAUCGAGUGACAGAAGUACGAGGCUUCAAUGAUCCAGAGAAGGAGAAAUACUUCAGAAAGAGAAUCUGUGAUCAGAGUCUGGCCAAUACAAUCAUCUCGCACCUGAAGUCAUCAAGGAGCCUCUACAUCAUGUGCAACAUCCCAGUGUUCUGCUGGAUCUCAGCCGCUGUUCUGGAGAAGAUUUUGAGUCAAGCAGAGAGUGGAGAGAUUCCCAAAACUCUCACUCAAAUGUACACACACUUCCUGAUCCUUCAGACCAACUUCAAACAUCAGAAGGACUAUGACAAGACAGUCAAAUAUGAAGAUAUGAUUGUCAAACUGGGAAAACUGGCUUUUAAACACCUUGUGAAAGGUAACAUAAUCUUCUAUGAGGAGGACCUUAGAGAGUGUGGCAUUGAUGAGACAGAAGCAGCAGUGUACUCAGGAUUGUGCACUCAGAUCUUCAGAGAAGAGUCAGGCUUGUAUCAUGGGAAAGUCUUCUGUUUUGUUCAUCUUAGCAUCCAGGAACAUCUAGCUGCUCUAUAUGCACAUGUCUCCUUUACAAAAAACUACAUAAAUGUGUUUGACCAAACUGAACAAAGCCUCUUCACCAAAGUUUUAAAUACGAAGAAAUAUAAUUCCAUAUCUCAUUUGCAUCAGAGAGCUGUGGAUGAAGCUUUACUGAGUAAAAAUGGACAUCUGGACCUUUUCCUGCAUUUUCUUCUGGGUCUUUCAUUGGAGUCCAAUCAGACUCUCUUACCAGUACUACUGAAACAGACAGGAAGCUUUUCCUUCAGCAAAGAGGAAACAGUUGAGUUCAUCAAACAGAAGAUCAGGGCGAAUCACUCUUCAGAGAGAUCCAUAAAUCUGUUCCACUGUCUGAUUGAACUGGGAGAUGAUUCACUGAUGCAGGAGAUCCAGGGUUAUCUAAGAUCUGAAAAAAUAGAAGAAACCAAACUCUCCUCUUCACAGUGGUCAGCUCUGGUUUAUGUACUGCUGAAAUCAGAGCAGAAGAUGGAUACGUUUAAUCUGAAACAGUUUAUUGGAGCCCAAAAUCCAGCAGACGAAGUACUUCAGAAGCUGCUGCCUGUGAUUAAAGAAUCCAGAUCAGUUCAGUUGAGUGAUUGUGAAGUCAAAGAUGAAGGUUAUGCUGCGCUGGCUUCAGCUCUGAGAUCAAACCCCUCACACCUGAGACAACUGUAUCUGACUAGAAAUAAACUAGGAGCAUCAGUGAAUCUACUCUCUGAUGUUCUACAUAAUCCACACUGUAAACUGGAGAAACAGAGGCUGGACAUCUCUGAACCGUCUGAACUGAAUCUUCACCCACUCCCAGUCUGUCAGUCUUGUGUUCACAUUGGUGAUUCUGAUCAGUGGGUUCAGGUGGAGCCAUCAGUCUGUACAGAUGAAGGAGGCUCAAAGUUCUGGAUCAGCACUCCAGCGGGCCGAUUUGAGUGCAGGAGAACCAGAAUGCGAUGGGUCUGUGCUGGUGAUGUCACUCUCCGGUACCAUGCAGUGGAUGGACAUUUCCUCAGUGCAGAGCUGGAGAGGCUUCAGUGUGAGAGAAUUGGACCUGUGAUUGAUGUGACCGUGAUCUCAGGGAAACUGGAGGAGGCCCAUCUGCCUCAUUACAUCUGUUUAGCAGAGUCAGAUCCCUCUCUUAAAGAUGAUAUAAAGGUCCUCAGUGUUGAAGAAGAUGGAAUAUCCUUAGAAUCAGUGGAGUUGACUCGUUUCCAUGCUAAAAUACUCCAACCAUAUUUUUCUCCCAAAACAGUGUUAAUGAAACUAGGGAUAGCAGUGAAAGUGCACUGUGAUCUACUGAUAUUCAUGACAAACAAAGACCCCAUCAUCCUUCAUCUGUAUUUUUUCCCAAUAGAUUCAGUUUUUGAAAAAAAAAUUAAAAGAGAGAAAAAAACGAGUAAUCAAAUCAGUCUUUCAAGACCUGAAACCCCAUUACAGAUGAAUAAACAACACAGUCUUGAGGUUCCUGGUGCUUUUGUCCAGCCCAAAGAGAUCAAGAUAAAAGGAGACAUCAAGCCAAACUUUUUUGAGGUCAUACUUUCUGUGGCCGAUGACAUCAAUAUGACUCUUAGCCGAGUGGAUGAUCAGAAAUCAGUCUGGACUGCAAAAAUUUGCAAAGCUUUGUUUCAAACUGGACAAAAGCAUAAGUCACCACAAGUAGCUGUCAACUUUGAUAAAGUCCAGUUUUUUAAUGAAAAUUGGUGUGACUUUAUUAAAAACAUUAAGAAUGUGAAUGCAAUUGCAGACAAACUGCGUCAGAAACAAAUAAUUCAUGAAGAAUUAUAUACUGAAAUCACACUUCCGACAUCAACCAGUGAAGCCAGCAUGAGGAAGAUCUGUAGCGUAGUGCGUAAAGGUAGUGACACUGUAAAAAAAAAAUUCAUCUCCAUUCUUCUGGCUGAAGAACCCAACCUUUUAAGUCACCUGCCUUCACCUGAUUCUUAACCUUUAUGCUUGAUGAUUCUACGUUGUGUUUUACAUUAUAACUGUAAACUACAGGCGACCAAUGCACUCAAAAGCCCUACUACAGUAUGUGAAAACAGAAUAAUGUAAAAUAAAGGUUUUAUUUCUAUACAUUUGUUGUAAACUUUAAAUCUUUUUAAUUUUUUUUGGUCAUGACUAUAGUUAACUGGAAGGUAACUAGUCGUAGUAACAAUGUUGUUUAAAUAAAUACAAAUACACCUGCAGUUUUCUAUCUAAAGAUGAGUCAUUGCAGCGAUUAUGAUAAACGCAUUACAUCCUAAACUAAAACGACCUUUAAAAUCCUUGCAAAUGCAAACCUAGAAAGAGUAAAAAAUUAAUGUUAUUUACAAAGGCUUUUUUUUUUUUUUGCCCCUAGAUUUGCUUAGUACAGUUGUACACAAAAUGCCAUAUAUAAUCAUGUAGCAGCCAGGACACAGUCCCGACCAUCAUUGUGUUUGUAUUACCAACGUGAGGUUUGCAACACGUGUGUAUCAGAAAGAGCUCAUUUCUGAAUAUGGUGUUCAUUUGGGUCGCAAUGAAGUCUUUUAGUCUUAGUCUAGUUUUUUUUUA